AUGAGGAACACGGUUACAACAAAUAGUCAUGAAGAAGAUGAAAAACAACAUCAGAAGAACACGGUUACAACAAAUAGUCAAGAAGAAGAUAAAAAAAACUGUGAUGAUGAGGAGGAGGAGGAUGAUGAGAAGGCGGAGGAAUCAGAAGAAGAGAAGAUUAAUACAAACAGUGAAAAUGAAAAUGCGGAAGAUGAAAAUGAUGAAUCCGAAUCCGAAGCAGGAGGGCAGAAACAAGAUGGUGAAGAUGGUGAAGAUGAUGAAGAUGAAGAUGUAUUUGUGAGUGACAAAGUAGAAGACGUGGGAAAUAGUCUUCUGCCUAUUGACAAGAGAUCACUAGUUGUCCAAAAGUCCAAUUUAACUAGUUCUGAAGAAGAUUUUUAUUCAGAAUCUGAAUCUAAAUCUGAUUGUCGCUCUUCCAAACCCCUCCCAAAGCCUAUUGUGAAAUGUCCUGCAAAGAAGUCGGAACAAAAUGAGAUACCAGAGCCACAGAGGAAGAAGAGAAAUGUUAACAAUGGUUGUCAAGCUAUCGAAGAGAAGAAGUCUGCUUUUAGUAGGUUUUGGAUCGAGGAGGAUGAAAUUGCCAUCUUGAAGGGAAUGGUCGAGUAA